GAGACUUUAUCUACAGCGAUAUCCCUAAACGGCACAUGGAAGUUUAAGCUGGUUGACAAUCCUCUCAAUGCACCUGAUGAUUUUCAACUCCCCUCGUUUGAUUCUACGGCGUGGGCUAAUAUCGUGGUACCAGGAAUGUGGCAGCUACAGGGCUUUGGUCGGCCUCAGUACACAAACACUGUCUUUCCCUUUCCUGUCAGCGUCGAACCUGAUGGUACUCCAUCUAUACCAUACGAAGGGAAUCACGUUGGAAAUUAUAUCCGCAAUUUCUCUGUACCUUCGGAGUGGGAAGGGAGUUCAGUACGGCUCAGAUUUGAAGGAGUAGACUCCGCUUUCCAUGUUUUCUGCAACGGGAAGGAAGUAGGAUAUUCCCAGGGCUCCAGAAACCCCUCAGAAUUCGACGUAACUUCACUGUUGCAGAUCAAUAAUGAAAACACUAUUGCUCUCAGGGUGUAUCAGUUCUGCGACGGGAGUUACAUUGAAGAUCAAGAUCAAUGGUGGUUGAGCGGUAUCUUUCGCGACGUCUGGCUCAUAUCAUUCCCUGUGAAUCACAUUGCGGAUAUUCAACUUCAAACGCACUUAGAUGAGAAUUACUGCGAUGCCACGUUGGCUGUAGAAGUCAAUACCUUUGGUUCUUCGAUUCCGCUAACGAUAAAGCUGCUGAACUUAUCCAAGUCGCUGGUAGCUACCAAGGAAGAAUCCGCCAUUGCUCCCUCAACCUCUUUUGCCUUUUCUGUCUCAAAUCCACUGAAAUGGACAGCGGAAACUCCACACCUCUAUCACCUCGUUGUUAGCACACCACAGCAAACCGUUGCAGUCAGAGUCGGCUUUCGCAAUAUUGAAAUCGAACAUGGUGUCUUUAUGGUGAACGGCCGACCUAUCAAAUUUCGUGGAACGAAUCGCCACGAACACCAUCCUGAAUUUGGGCGAAGCGUCCCCCACGAUUUCCUUCGUGCUGAUUUGCUUCUUAUGAAGAAGCACAAUAUUAAUGCCAUACGAACAUCGCAUUACCCUAAUCAUCCUCGUCUGUACCAUCUGGCGGACGAACUAGGGUUCUGGGUGAUAGACGAAGCUGAUCUUGAGGCCCAUGGAUUUGCUGACAUCGAGGAGGCGGCUCUUGGUCCAGACAAAGAUGCUUUGAAAGGAAAAGAGAGGCAGAAUUACUUCUAUGACCUUGCUGCCAAGUGGACCACGGAUAAUCCAGCAUGGAAAGAGGCAUAUGUGGAUAGGGCUCGUCAGUUAGUUUCUCGCGACAAAAAUCAUCCCUGUGUGAUACUCUGGUCACUUGGAAAUGAAGCAUUCUAUGGAAAAAAUUUUCAGGCCAUGUACGACUGGAUUAAAGCCUACGAUCCCACAAGGUUAGUACAUUAUGAAGCAGAUCGGAAAGCCCAGACGGUCGACGUUCUCAGCCAGAUGUAUUCCUCUGUUGCUACUAUCAUAACUUAUGCAGAGGAUCCUGCUUCGACCAAACCUCUUGUCCUAUGCGAAUACAUUCAUGCUAUGGGCAACGGUCCAGGUGCUAUCAAGGAAUACAUCGACGCUUUCUACAAGUACCCUUUGCUCAUGGGAGGCUUUGUCUGGGAAUGGGCUAAUCAUGGUCUGCUCACCACGAAUAAGGAAGGAAAGCGAUAUUAUGCAUAUGGGGGCGACUUUUGCGACGAACCGAACGAUGGGAAUUUCGUGAUGGACGGAGUUCUCUUUUCUGAUCACACGCCUACUCCUGGCCUUGCCGAGUACAAGAAGGCCAUCGAACCCGUACAAGUCAUCGGCGGUAGUGAAAAGAAAAUUGAAAUAAUCAACCGAUACGAUUUCCUUACCCUCGAUCACUUGAGGUGUGAAUGGAAUAUCGUGGGGGAUGGAUAUGUGUGUCCGGGGGGCGAGGUUACCAUUCCACUAGGGAUCAAACCCGGUCAAACUGCUACAUUAAUCAUCGACAAUGCAGUCAAGUCGAACAGUCUUCCUGCGGAAGGGUUUCUCACUGUGAGAUUCUCAUUAAAAACUGCCACUUCUUGGGCUCCUGCAGGUCAUGAAGUUGCCAAUGGACAGAUACUUCUCAAACCACAUGUUCCUCGAAGCUCCAGUUCGUAUUUCUCAGCAAUGUAUAAAACUGUGUCAUCUUCUUUGACCUAUCCUUUUCCUGUCACUGAGAAGGACAAGAUGCUGUCGAUAAAAGGAAAGGACUCGCAAUGGACCUUUGAAAUGACAUCCGGUCAUCUCGUCUCCUGGGUCAAAGGAGGAACAAAUAUUCUAUAUUCCCCGCCCGUCAUGGACUUCUAUCGCGCGCUCACAGAUAACGAUAGGCCGCAGGAUGGUAUGCAAUGGAUUGCAAAACGUUUACACCAAACUAAAGAUCAUCUCAAAUCUAUAUCGUGGAAAACCACGUCAAAGGGUGAUACGGAGGUGUCUGUGGUUUCUCGAAUUGCCCCACCGGUAUUUGAAUGGUCGGUAGACACCACGACAACGUAUACCUUUUCGUCAGCUGGAGUUCAGAUCAAGAUACAUGGAAUACCACAAGGAAUAAAUCUUCCGGACACCUUUGCUCGCAUAGGUCUAACUUUUCAUAUGCCCCCGGAGUUUGGCACUGUCCGAUGGUUCGGUCGCGGACCAGGUGAAAGCUAUAGGGACAAGAAGCUUUCUCAGAAAUUUGGAACUUGGGAGGCCACAGUCGAUCAACUUUUCACCAAUUAUGAAUUUCCUCAAGAAGGAGGCAACCGCACAGACGUGAGGUGGGUUAGUUUCAGCUCAGGGGAAAGGCAACUCAAGGCAACUUUCCCGUUCGAGGAAGGUGGAAACUUUUGUGCUAGCCAUUACACAACUGAGGCAUUGGAUUCUUCGAAGCAUCCUUUUGAACUGGAGGAGAAGCGUCUGGACAAUGUUGUUUCUAGGUUAGAUUUUGCGCAUCAUGGUCUUGGCACAGGGAGCUGUGGCCCAAAAACGAUGGACAAGUAUGCUUUGAGAGCAGAAGAAUUCUCAUUCGAAGUAUGGCUUGAAUAGUCGUCGUAUGCACUGUGAUAUCCAUUCAUAUUUUC